AUGUCCACGUACACUCGCCUGAAACUCACUGCAUUCACACCAAAAGGGCCUCAGCCGCGUAGUUGGGCUAUCCGCUCCGCCGGCAUCAGUCUCAACCGCCCCCUUAUACUAUUGCCGCAAGCGCUGGCCCAGGCGAAGUGCACCCACAGGUUUCUCAACCGUCUGCUUACCUUUACACCGGCUGCGACAAAGGAAGACCCCAUUGUGCAGAUUGCCAGGAUAUCAGGCAUUGCCAGUCAAACCAUGCAGUCACUCGACAAGCUCUUCCCACCCAUUAUAAUGGUCACAUCACCGUCGUCUGCCGCGGAUACGUCCUCAACAUCUGCAAACAUCGAAAGCGUACUGCGUACCUCCGCGACUUCGAAGCUCCAUGUUGAGAUGGUUGAAGACGAGGAUGACGAAGACUGCGAGUGCCCUGCUUAUAUCAAGUCGCUGGGUCCGAAGUUCCGCGGAGUAGAAGAACUCGUCAGCCAUCCCAAGGCAGACAACCAUGGCUUUGGCUCGGCGAGCCGCAUGGCGUCAUCAUCUGUAAGCUCCAGUUUCGACUAUGAGGGUGAGUACGAAGACUACAAGUAUACCCACGGGAUUCUCGAAGAAAUGGGCGUUGAAUGCGAAGAACUGGCUAUCAUUGCAUACACCCUCGCUUACUUUAGUGCCGAGAUACCCGAUGGUGGCCAAAUGAUCAUGGCAUUGUUCCAUGAUGCGUAUACGAAACACCAGACGGGCCAUCCAGCUUUCCAUGGUGACAAAGUCAGCGACGAGGUUCAACAGCACUUCUUGGACCUAGCAUGCGAUGUGUCCAAACACAAGCCACACCUGCAUCUUCUCGCAAGGAAACUCGAAUCUGUUGUGGAUGAGGAAGAGCCUCGCCUGAACAUUGGUUGUUCUGAGCAUCCUCGGCAGUUCCCAGCGGUGUGGAACGAAGACUUCGACGAAAUUCCUUUGCCUCUUGGAGAAGGACAGGUCAUUGUUGGACUAGUUCGCUCCGGUACUCAGCGCAAGAUCAUCUACGAGACGAUGAAAGUGCGCAAAGACAUGCCGGCCGACCCGAUGGCGUUUUCCCCUUGCCAAAAGGGCAUCGAAGCAGCCCGCGAGCUCGCGAAUUACCAGAACGACGAUGAGCAGAUUCGCAGAAGUACACCAAUCCCUGACUGCGACCGGCCUUGUUUUGAGGGAGGAUUACGACUAGACGAUGUACCAAAAGCAAAGUGGGAUUACCUUCACGAUUUUCCAGGCGAGAACGAUGGAUUCGUUCAAGGUACCCUGGAUAGACUGGAGAAGCUACGCGCUGAACCGGAACGCUAUGAUCAACUAGUCGCAACCGAUUCCCACGAGUAUGAGCCCGGCAGUAUCCUUGGAGAUCGGCAAGGUCUUGAAGAAAGCAUGAUCGUUGGACUGUGGAAUGACUUGUACCACGAAGAAGAGUGUGACACCGAGGCACUACGCGAUCAGGGGCUACUUAAUCCCGAAGACGACUUUGGCGACAACCCGGAGUACCUGAAGGCGAAGAAGCUGUGGUGGGAGCAGAAGAUGGGCAUCCGCGGCACUGAAGCUAUUGUCCGGUAUCACAUGAAGCACAUUCGCGCUCGGCGGCGCCCGAAUCGAGCUGCAUACUUUUUGACCGAGGAAGACGAUGCCACUCUGAACCGUACUUCGCCAGAAUACCCAGCAUCGCGUGCUAAGCCCGAAAACGUUCCUGAAGGACAUCGAUUCUACGACGAACUUCAUGAGAGCCCGGUGGAUUGGACGGCAAAGUCUGAGUGCUGGAUUCGGCUGUGGCGUCUCUCGGUUGCCAACAUCAUCGCACACGACGACUUCGACGAGGAAUGUCGCGAGGCUGAAGAUGCGCUCGUGGAUUACCAGGACAGCCGCGAACCAGGCUGUGAAGCACACGAAGAGCCAGAAGAAUUUGCACGCCCCCUACUUGCGGGGCGCCGUGUCCCAACUUUAGCUGCGCUGGAGCGGAAACGCCGCGAUUCGGCUGUUGAGCUGAAAAGCAAGACUUCUCCUGCUGGCGAGAUUCCACGAGUUCAGCGUACGCCCGGCAGCAUUCCAGCGGCUCAAGUAAUGGCCAAAGACAACGCUUGUGUAUCUAACGCCGCAGCUCAUGUGCCAAGAGGUCUUAUAGAGCAUAUUAAGGGAACUCGCGGCGAGGAAGUAGAUGAUGCCGCUGACGCGGUAGGCAAUGCGCCUUCUCCUAAGUUCCUUAAGGCGUUCCUAAUGAAGAAGAAGAAGGUUGGUACACCUUCUCCUAAAUUUCUCAAGGCAUUCUUGAAGAAAAAGGCCUUCAUGGGUGCUAUCAAGUCUAGCAUCCAAGUUCCGCCUGGCAUUCUCGCCGACUAUUCGGCAGUUGAGGAUGAACUUUGUGAUCAAGAAUCAGGCAUGCCCUGUAACCUGAUACAAAAUAAUGCACCCGGUCUUGUCCCUAUCCAGGGACGCGUCUGGGUACGCUCAUCGAACCCCGAGGUGAGCCGUGAACAAAAUCGCGAACAGCAGGAGACCGCUGUCCGCGAUCAUACGGUCCUUUCGCGACCGAGAAAUGAUGCCGAGAACUGGUUGAUGCAUUUACUGCAUCUGCCCGUCACCAAGGCUAAUUCCAUGCUCCGCCCCUAA